CAUCGAAGGCCAAGCUCAAUCACUAGAAAGACAACCCUAACGAAUAAAAAUACCCAAAUACACAUGCACUAUCCAAGAAAAGUUCUCUCUGCCCUACUGAAAAAUAUGUUAAGGUCGAAGUUUAGUAUUGUUGACAUGUGGUGUUUUCAUUGGGGUUGUGACAAUAAAAAAGAAAACAAUCGAUUGAGUUACUUAUUUUAGUGAUUAAGUGCCAAUUUAAGUAUGAAUGUAACCCAUUUUUCAUAAACAUAACUUUCAUUGACAGUGCUUUUUAUGUCACUAAGAGAAUAUCUCAACAAUACAACAUGCCUCAAUUCAAUCAACACAAAAUCGGGAGAAGGCUCUAUCAAUAAACUAACCCUUAAAUCCGAGUUUCAGCAUUUAUAUAGGUUUGGUCAAUUAAAAAUAACUAAAAUAACUUAAAAACACAAAAUCCCCUCACCCCUGAUUCAAUCCCCGGUCGGACACUAAAAAUACCUGCUUGGGGUUUUUCCUCACCCGGUGGGGGGGGGCUUCUGUCCCCAUUACCCGCGGUGCCGCUACCAGUCGAGGAUUCUCUAUGUCUGUCCAUCGUCUCCCGCUCUCUUGACAAUCGAAACCGUAUCACGCACUUUACCGUUAGUCGUUAACCGCAAAUCGUAUGUUGCGCGCGAUCACGGUCUCACGGAUAGCAUAUAUAGCUCCCUUUCUGAUGCAUUCCUUCGCUAAAUAUGCAUAGCAUAAGACCAAAAUGGUAUUAACCCACGUCAAAACUAUUUAAAAGUCAAAGAGGUUUCUUCUUUUUUCUUUUUUCUCAAGAGUUGAAAAUUGAAAUAAUGUUCUGGAAAUAAAAUGCGACUAUUGCCACAAUGCCACUUGCCAGCUUCCCAAAUUUCCUAGUCUUUAUUUUUAUUACAUGAAUCCCACUUUAAACAGGACUGCAGUUAGGUUACUCUUAUUAGUUAUUAGUAAUUACUUAACCAAAUGAACUCAUGAACCCAAAAACUCAAAACAUAGGUUUUCUCCAGUCAACACAAUUCCCAUUCGCGAUUAGUGCCUCGCACCAACAAAAAAAGUCUCACAAACCCACCCACUAUCUAAGUCGUGAUUUCACCCCAAACCAAUCAAAAACCCUGUUACUUUAUCAAUAAGAUAUUGGGCUCUAGAUUGGAAAAGUAUUCAGCUUGAACGAGUCACACGAGUCCCUGGAAAUGAAAAAUGGUCUCAUGAGAGAGUGAGUGGACGAUGCAUACAAUUUUUUUCUGGUGCGUGUGGACCGUUAGAUGAUCUCGCCCAUGGUUGCUUGAUGACAAACUUUAGUCAGCCAAGUUGUUGGUGUAGACAAGAGAAAAGCAACAGCCAUAGGUUAUUAUCUCAUCCCACACAGUACAGACACAGGUAAAAGCGAUAGAAACUACUCCAAAGCUUCCUCCUUUCCUCUAAUCUCGUCUUCUCUGAAGCAAAAGUUACAAUCUUGGGUUGAUAGUUCGAGGUAAUUGUAAAAUCUUCUUUGCUAAGCAGGUUGGUUUGCUUUAUCAGCUGUUCUUCUUCUUCUUCUUCUUGUUUAAUUAUUUGGAUGUAUCCUGAUCGUGGGUCGUCGGAGUUUCAUAUAAUAAAAUUGGAUUUGGUUUAGAUUUUCCCCAUGUUUGUUUUUGUGUUCUCCUUCUCUGUGGUUUUUCUUGUUGUUGCAGUUGGACUCACCUAACCCUCUAUCUCUCUGCCUCUAAAAUCCAAAACACCUACCUUGUAAAAUUGGGAUAUCUAGCCUUUUCAUUUCUGUCUGAAUUUCUGAUCUGCCGUCUUUCGGGUCAACCCGUUUUGUUUCUGUCGAUACAAAACUUCGUGUCGAAGUUUAUGUACUCUAUCCCGUCUGGGUUCUUCAGGGCAGCUUAGUCGCAGUUCAGUCGUACAGAGUCUCGUCUCUUGCUUUCUUUGUUGAGCGAUCCUUUAUCAAGCAUCAGGGUACUUGGUUCUUGGCUUGUAUUUAUUUAUCAUCUUGAGUUGUUUCUGUUGCUUCAUCUCGAUUAUUAGACCAUUCUUUGUUUGCUUCUUUGUCUAUUUUAGUUGAUUCAGGAUGACUUUUGAUGGGUGUUUAGGGUUUUACCUUUUACUGGGUUCUUCUUCAAUUCUCAUGUAUUGUGUUUCUUAUCAUGGAAUUGCUAUCGAUGUGUGAUUUCAUCUUUGAUUACCUUGUUUCCUUUAUUGUGCUUCUUGAUUCGCUAUAAAUAUAUGUAUUGAUGGGUCGGAUAUUCUGAAGUUUGAUUUAUUUUUCCAGAAGUCAAUCUUCCACGGUAGAAAUUGAUGAGAUAACAGAUAAGUAAAAGCCUUUGCAAGGUCUUUUCUUGUCUAUGCAUAUUCCAGAAGACUGAAUUUGACCUUUUGGUUGAUUUCCAUGAUCAUCAGUUUUACCUCAAUAAUCUGAAUUUUCUUCACAUAGCUGGAGAUGGAACCCCAUUAGUGUGUCAGGGGCACAAAGUCCUCGUAAUUAAAGAGGUCUUUGUGUUUCCUGAAUCACUAGGUUCUUUAAGCUAUGCACUGAUAAGUUUCCCACAGUAUUGAAAAUAUGCGAGCUGUGGUAUUAGUUUCAGGAAACUAGCUUAUCAUUAGUAUUGGUGUUUGUUCUUGCUGUCUGCUGAAAUUCCAGACUUCGUCCAUGGCAAGAUUCUCAUUUCUUCUCAUUGCUAAAUGCAGGCAUCUUGUAAGAGCUUCUAAAGAGACUUCCUCGUUUGACAGUUUCAAGUGCUAUUUCUGCAUUUCCCUCAUAAGAACAGGUGAGAGGAAAUAUAAGAUACCUACCCAUUUGAGUUGCACUUUCCUGCUCUUGCUCUAUGGGGACAUUCUGGCUUGGUGCUCAUCCAUUUGACUGAUGCAGGUUUCCUUCACUCACUCCAUGAUAAUAAAACCGAACCGGUAUCGAAUUGAAGAGCCAAUGUCUCUGGUGAGACCAGCACAGCUUUCAUCAACAACACCUUAUGGAAAUAAUAAACUUUAUCCUCUCAAGGGAAGCAGUGAGGAGUCUGGUUUGUCCACUCAAAUAUUUAGCACUGAUAGGAACAGUGCAGACAUGUACACUACUGAUUCUUAUUCCAGCGAGAGUUAUGAGCAGUACUUCCUCGACUCACCUUCGGAGGAACUAAUCCAACCAUCCAGUUCUGGGAAUUCUGGGAAUUCAUUUAACCCUCGCGAUGCUUCUUACCAACUUAGAGCUGGGUCUGAUUCUUCCUUAGCUGGUGAUGACCCAUACAAGACUUAUGUAUUCAAUUCUGAACCUGAUUUCCUGGAUUUCCAAAUCCCUGAUAAUGGAGAAGAAUACAAUGAAGACCAAAUGAAGACGAAGCUUCAGGAGCUGGAGAGAGCACUGCUCGAUGACAAUGGAGAAGAUGAUGAAGAUGGAAAUAGCCAUAGCAUGGAUAUUGAAGGUGAAUGGUCUGAUCAAGUGAAGAAUCCAAUGCUCUACGACUCGCCCAAGGAGUCUACUUCAGAUUCUAACCUCAGUAGCAUUGGCAAUUGUAAAGAAGUAUGUCAGCUAUCUCCUCGGACACCCAAACGUUUGCUCUUCCAAUGUGCUAAUGCAAUCUCAGAAGGAAACAUGGAGGAAGCAUCGACUAUAAUAACUGAGCUCCGGCAGAUGGUCUCUGUCCAAGGAGAUCCUUCAUCUAGAAUUGCUGCGUACAUGGUUGAAGGUCUUGCCGCUAAAAUAGCUUCCUCUGGUAAAUACCUCUACAAAGCUCUGAAAUGCAAGGAGCCACCUUCCUCGGAUAGGCUUGCUGCAAUGCAGAUACUCUUUGAGAUUUGCCCUUGUUUUAAAUUUGGGUUCAUGGCUGCAAAUGGUGCAAUGAUUGAAGCUUUCAAAGGAGAAAAGCGAGUGCACAUAGUAGACUUUGACAUUAACCAAGGAAAUCAGUACAUAACACUGAUACAAACACUUGCAAACCAAGGAGGUAAGCUGCCUUAUCUGCGGCUGACUGGUGUCGAUGAUCCUGAGUCUGUUCAACGACCAAAUGGUGGCCUAGUCAUGAUUGGGUUGAGGCUCGAGCAGCUAGCGGAAGCUCUCAAGGUCCCCUUUGAAUUCCACACAGUGGCUUCCACAACAUCACUCGUUAGUCCAUCGAUGCUCGAUUGCAGGCCUGGGGAAGCCCUAAUCGUAAAUUUUGCCUUCCAGCUUCACCACAUGCCCGAUGAAAGUGUCUCAACUGUGAAUGAGAGAGACCAGCUGCUCCGAAUGGUUAAAAGCCUCAACCCAAAGCUGGUGACUGUCGUCGAGCAAGAUGUCAACACAAACACUACCCCCUUCCUCCCAAGGUUUGUCGAAGCUUACAACUACUACUCAGCUGUUUAUGAGUCGCUUGAUGUAACUCUUCCUAGGGAAAGCCAGGACCGGAUCAAUGUCGAGAGGCAGUGUCUGGCUAGAGACAUAGUUAAUGUAGUAGCAUGCGAGGGAAAGGAGAGGAUCGAGCGUUAUGAGGUUGCUGGGAAAUGGAGAGCAAGAAUGACGAUGGCUGGCUUCAUGCCGCGUGUAAUGGGUCCAAACGUGGUGGACAUGAUAAGAAAGCUCAUCAAAGAGUACUGCGACAGGUACACAUUGAAAGAGGAGAUGAGCGCCCUCCAUUUUGGUUGGGAAGACAAAAGCUUGAUCUUUGCUUCAGCGUGGAGGUGAAGGUGGUUAACCAUGACAUUGUUUUCUCUGCUUAGUUCAUGUACUCUAAAUACUUUUCUUGUGCGUACUGAAAAAAAAUAAUGAUUCAGUGUUAUACAGAGAGUGUGAAGUUUGACAGGAUUAAUAUAGGGUGCUAGUCUCAAACUUCAAUGAAACCUGUCCCAUGAAAGUUUCAUGUUUCCGUACCAGUCUUUGAGUUACCGUUUUGAUGACAGAGUUGCAUGUAAAUAGAGCAACUUGUUGACUUGCUCAAAGGUAUCUUGUUUGUGCCCAUGACUGGAGUUGAAGAAACUGAAAUUUCUGAA